AUGCCUGUUACUCCUGGUACCAACUCGUCGUAUCCACGCUCUGCAUCAAUCAGUCAAGAUCCAGCGGAUCCUGUCGAUGCAAAACAAGAUACUCCACCGACCCCUCAGGUGCAGGUGAAUGGUAGGCCGGCCAAUACCAGCAUUAGCGUCCCAUCGCCUCGACCUAGGUCCUCGUUUAGCAGCAUUGCCCCCGCCAGCGAUGGAACUGGAUGGGGAGCCAAUUUCUGGGUGACACUGGUCGAUCCUCAGACCGGUGUAUCUUUCUUUGCAUGUCCUGCCACUGGAGAGGUCAGCUGGGACCCGCCAGUAGGCAAUUUCCUACUGCCGCCUAGUGAAGAAGGAGAAUGGUGGGAGAUGAUGGACGAGGAGAGCGGGCUGCCGUACUACUACCACACGAAGAAUGGGGAAACCGUUUGGGAAAGACCUGCACAGGCGUUUGUGAUACCGUUGCGUGUGCUACAGAACACAGCACUCAGCCGUAGGCUAUCCUUGACGAACAGAAGCUCUAAAGUGGACCCCGACUUCCCCUCCAAAGCAGAAGGCACCGACAACAGGCCAGCAUAUCGCAGGUCUCGCUCGUACGCCAUCGAUAUGGAUUCCAGCGAUGGUCCCUUGCAGGCUCAGACCGACUCGCGUACUCGUCCACGGUCUCACUCGACGUCCCGGCAGAAUACAACACAUUCACCCAACUCAUCCCCCGCUCCUAGCCCCAGCUCCUCCAAAGCAUCUAGACAAUCCCUCAGACGCUCAGCGUCGAGCGACAGGUUUGGUACGCACGCUUCAGCCGUCUCACCACUGUCGUACGAACGUGGACACCCGCUUGCACCCAUACCUGGUUCGCCGUACGCGACAGAUGCCACGCCACCGCCAAGUCCGACAGCCAAGCGUAGGCAAUCGCAAACGACUAGUCUCAAGCAGGAGAAGGACAAAGGCAAGACCCCUGCCACAGGAAACUUGUCAAAGAAGGACUCGCCGAAGCGUAAAUAUGCUGCGCCCGACGAAGAGCUAGUCCGCUCACGCUCGAGUAAAUCGACCAGGUCAGCUCAAUUCGUCAGCUACCAUUCGCCCGCUCCACAGAGCCUCAAUGCUGCUCUCGAAAAGAUCGGGCUGAACUCUUCGCGGUCGUCCUCAACGUCGACCCAGUCGCGCAGCGACCCUCCAGCAGAGGCCGAGGGUUAUCAGCCCAAUGCACAGCAUUUGGUUGCACCUGAGGAGCGUGUGCCGCGACAGUCAGUAUCCUUGGGAAGAGCAUCCGGUGCGAGUUAUACCCAACCACGAGUGAGCACCGAGCCCGCGAGUGGAUAUGAGCACCCUAGCGGUACCAUCAUCACACCGAAUUCGCCCACAAAGAGUAAGGAGCUCGUAGAUCGCGCUCCGCUUACGCCUACGCAGUCGAACGGAAAGUUCGUAAACGGCAACGGCGUAAACGGGAUGCCUCGUCUCGUCGGGAAGGAAAUCAGCGCUCCUGUUUUCAACAUUGAGGCGACUCUGAACAUGACACCCGUUAAGAUGCGCAAUGCGGGCAAGCCUAUUCUUGUCGAACGGCAGGAUUCCGUGCGAGCUUCAAUAAAUCCCUCGAGUCGUCCCCUGCUGGACGAGGAGCUAGGGAUGUACUUCUCGGCCAAAAGAAGGACGUCGCUGCACACUGGGACGUAUCCCGCGCUCCCAGACGACCUCGCAAGCGACAUACAACAAUUUUCGGAGUCGCAGUUCGCAAAGCAAUACUUCUCCACUCACCGUACCGGCUUCAUCUUCCGGCGUAAAGUUCCUGUCGAGCAGAUGAUGAGCUGGCAAAAGUCUCCACUGGGAUCGCCUCUCUUGCAGCUGAAUAAGUACUUACACAGAGAAGCGAUCAAGACGUUUAAGUCCAUCCAGCGGAUAAUGGGUGACCGCGACCGGCCGUCCCACAAUGGUUCGACUGCAUCGCUUGUGACGUUGAACAUAUUGCUCGAGGAGGAGCGAGCAUUGCUUGGAGAUGGCAUCAGCCAUGGAGAGCUCCGUGACGAGAUAUACUGCCAAGUUAUGAAGCAGCUGACUGGGAACCCGAACCUGGAGAGCGUGUUCCGCGGAUGGCAGCUGCUGUGCGUGCUACUAGUGACGUUCCCGCCCUCGAAGAAUUUCGAGCCUUCUCUACGUUCGUUCAUCAGCCAAGCAACACAUCAAACAGAAAGCCGCGUUGAUGUCAUGGCGAAGUACUGCCUACGGCGAUUGGAGUACGUUUCGCGCAAAGGUCCUCGGGGAAAACCGCCGACGCUCGCCGAAAUCGAGACUGCCGCGGACGCUGCGUUUCAUCCAUCGAUCUUCGGCGAGUCCCUCGAUGCCAUCUUUCGUCUGCAGGAACGCAACUACCCACGACAACAAGUGCCCAUCAUCCUGCCCUUCCUUGCAGAUGGCAUUCUUGCGCUGGGAGGGACCAAGUUCGAAGGUAUCUUCCGCGUACCGGGCGACAGUGACCUCGUAUCAGAGCUCAAACUGCGUAUCGAUAAGGGGUAUUACACCCUCGAUGGAUUCGACGACCCACACGUGCUUGCGUCGCUCCUCAAGCUAUGGCUGCGCGAGCUCGCAGACCCGCUCGUGCCAGACGAGAUGUACAAUGACUGCAUUGCCGAGUCGCGCGAUUCGUCCGCGUGCGUACGCAUUGUGCACCGUCUGCCGACUAUCAAUCGCUACGUGGUACUGUUCGUGAUCAGCUUCUUGCAGCUGUUCCUCGACGAGAAAGUGCAGAACGUCACGAAGAUGACAGCACCGAACCUUGCGUUGGUCAUGGCCCCAAACCUGCUGCGGUGCAACUCAGAAUCGAUGGCAGUCGUCUUUACCAACGCUCAGUACGAACAAGCUUUCGUGCACAACCUCUUGCUCCACCUCAAGUGCGACGAAGCCGAUCGUGACUACAUCCCAACACACGGACGAGGUGCCAUCCCGUCACCGCCACCACCCGCACAGCAGCGUAAUGCAAAACCCUCCAAAGCGCGUGACCGUUCUAACUCAUAGUGUCAUCCGCCACUGGCCCUUACCACCCCUUUCGUUGAUCUCCUUGUUCCUGCCUGAUCUUCUUGGUGCUCUGGAACUUGCGAGCUGAGCGUCAUUAUUACCGCUAUUCACCACCGACAUGUUCUCGUCGACGGUUCGUACCUCGCC